CGUCCUCCUCCUGCCCCUUGCAUCGUCCUCGCUCCAGCGCGCUCACCCGAUUCCACCGCCGCAUCCCUCCCGAGCUCUGCCGCGCCCCUAGAAGAAGGAGGAGGAGGAGAAGGAGGAGGAGGAGGAGACUGUCACCGGGCCGCCGCCGUUGGAAGGAAGGGUCCGGGCCAUCCGCGCUCUGCCUCUGCAGCCGCCUCUCCGGUCCUUGCUUUCUCCCUCUCUCCCUUCGGACCCCGAGCCGCUCUUUCUUUCCUUGACGCAGCAGCCACCGGUUCCCUACUGUCGCGAUGGGGGCCCUGGACUCGGAGCCAGGCGGUGUCCUGAACACGGUGUCCGCGGCGCUCAACGAGACGAUGGAGUUGUACCGCUGGACCUGGUCCAUUCGAGAUAAACGAGUAGAAGAUUGGCCUUUGAUGCAGUCUCCAGUCCCCACACUCUGCAUAAGUACUCUUUAUCUUUUGUUUGUUUGGCUGGGUCCAAAAUGGAUGAAGGAUCGAGAACCUUUCCAGAUGCGCUUAGUGCUCAUUUUAUAUAAUUUUGGGAUGGUUUUGCUUAACUUUUAUAUCUUCAGAGAGUUAUUCAUGGGAUCUUAUAAUGCAGGAUAUAGUUACAUUUGCCAGACUGUGGAUUAUUCUGAUAAUGUUCAUGAAGUUAGGAUAGCUGCUGCUCUGUGGUGGUACUUUGUAUCUAAAGGAAUUGAAUACUUGGACACAGUGUUCUUUAUCUUGAGGAAGAAAAACAAUCAAGUUUCUUUUCUUCAUGUGUAUCACCACUGUACCAUGUUUACUUUGUGGUGGAUUGGAAUUAAAUGGGUUGCAGGAGGACAAGCAUUUUUUGGAGCCCAGUUGAAUGCCUUCAUUCAUGUGAUCAUGUACUCGUACUAUGCGUUGGCUGCUCUUGGUCCAAAGAUUCAGAAGUAUCUUUGGUGGAAACGAUACCUGACUAUGCUGCAGCUGGUUCAGUUCCACGUGACUAUUGGACACACAGCACUGUCUCUUUACACUGACUGCCCCUUCCCCAAGUGGAUGCACUGGGCUCUAAUUUGCUACGCCAUCAGCUUCAUAGUUCUCUUUCUUAACUUCUAUGUCCGGACAUAUAAUAAGCCGAAGAAGUCGAAAACCGGGAAAACAGCUGUGAAUGGUAUUUCAACAAAUGGUGUGAGCAAGUUAGAAAAUGGAAAAAAGCAAAAUGGAAAAGCAAAAGGAGAAUAAAUUGAACUGGGCCUUAACUGUUGACAGUGAGGAAGAUCCCAUUUCAUAUAAAAUUUCAGGGAAAACACAAAUGAGAAUUUGGGGUGGGGAGAAAAUAGCAAAUGUGCUCUAUGUAUUAGUAACUUUUAGACUGAGUAAAGUGUUAAAUACAAUGCCCAGAUAUUUUAUUUAUAAAGUUUUUAUUUUACAUUUUUUUAAAUUAGCCUUGGUGUUGUCUAGACCAAAGCAAUCAUUAUGUGACUUUGGAGACACUCCCUUUGUUCACAUCUGUUCGUUGCAUGCUCUGACAUCUGUUCAGCUGAUGAUCACAGAAUCACAAUUUUUAGGAAAAAUUUUUUUAAUUAUUGAUUAGCCACUGAUUAAAAUCAGUUACUUUACACAUUCUGAUUCAAAGGAAGAAAUGUGGGUACUUUAAAACUUGCACAUUUGAAUUCAUUUCCUGACUGGAAUAGUCUUAACCUCUCCACCUCUUGUUUGAAUAAUACCCUUUUUGUUGUAAUUAAAAAUUUUAAAUCCACUGAUUUCUGUAGACUCUUAAAGGUUUGAUAAUGAUGGUGUGGGUGUAAAUAAGAAAGAAUUACAUCAAAAUCUUAUCUGGUGACUCAAAGGUCCCUGUGACUUGUAGUAUAAAUCACUUGUGGUAAACAUUUUUUGUGAUGAAAAGGCAGCCUUUCAAUUCUCCUGUUACCUUGAGAAAUAAUAUUAUGGAAAUCAAAAUUGUCAUCUGAUUGGGACAUGAAACAACUUACGUCUUUAUUAGUAACAUACAUAAAAUAGUUAUAUUUAUGUUCUAUUAGAAGAGUGUAUGUUGAUUUUUAUCAGGCUUUCCUUGUUCUGAUUUGUGGCUGUUACUGAUUUUAUUUCACAUGUGGAAAUAUUACCUACCUCUUCUGUUGAAAAACAUAUUUAAAAUUAAAUAAAUUUUAAUUAAAAAUCAAGGAGUCUUCUAAUGUAAAUUUUCAUAUUCACUUUUUAAUACAUUAGUAUUUCCCCUACUUUUUACAAAUGACAUACACCAAACUUUCCUGUGAAACUAUUCUCUUUUAAAGUAUUUAAUUUAAAGUGAUAUUUUCUUUGUGACAAAGUUGAAGGAUCUUAUUUAUUGUUAACUGGAUGUGAAGUGUAAGCCUAUUUCGGUGCAAUAUUCCUGACUCCUUGGUGCUAAAGAUCAUGAAAUUCAGUGCUUGCUUAUUACAAGGUGUUACUUAUUAAGACACAAAGUAAAUAAAAGUGAGAGUUGUUAAAUAUUAAAUUUGUUUUUUAAAGAUGAAGAAUUUCAGUAUUGAUCAAUAGCUGGACAUACACUAGGAGGAAGACAGAAAUUGUGCUGUGUAUUACUUAGAUUUAGUUGCAGGGGAUGUUACACAGGGAUCAUUAUAGACAGAAAAUGUGACCAGAAAAACAUGAAUAAUUCUAACGUAUAUCAACAUGUCAGAACUAUGUGUGCAGGACAUACAACAUAUGCUCAAGCUCUUUCAGAAGAUUUUGCAAAAUAUUUAUUGUAUCUGAAAUUUAUAUACUUUGCCGUCCAAAAGCAUGAAGUCGUAAAAAUAAUUAAAACACAUAACAGUUUUGUCUAAGAGAAUUCAAUACCAUUGUUUUUGCUACUCAGUGUAUUUUGAUUAGGAAAUUGUAAAAUCUUUGUGAAUAUUCUGUACUGAUUCCCCAAAGCUAUUCAUUCAUUCCCUGCUACCUGAUUUCAGCACAAUAAAUAUACUGCUCUGGGAAAAUUA